UCUCGUUCCUAAUUGGACCGGUCAUAGCUACUGAAAUGUGAUUGGCUGUAAGGGCAGCGUUAACAUUACCUUGUUUUGUAGCCACUUAGCUGAGGAACUCUGACUUUUCUCCUUGUUUGAAACGAAAAGGUUUACUUUAUAUUUAUAACACCUGACACCACAACUAUCGUACACAGAGGCGCUUAUUUUAAUAUCUUUAAAGAUUUUGAUAUUUAAUUGUCUGCGGUUUAGCGGAAACAACCUUGUUCGUGCAUGCUAAUGCUAGCCGAUAGUCAAUGUUGACAUGUUGGGUCAUUAAAUAUGUUGCAUGAAACCCUGACAUUGUAGACAGACAGUCAAGUUAAAGAAAGAUUUAUGGCGUCCACCAGACUCCUGUGUUUGUUGCGUUCUAAAGCAGCAGCAGGGGCAGCAACCUCCACACAAACUUUAGCCAGAAGUGUUUCCUGCAGAAGACAUGUCUCCACUUCACCUUCAACACAGCAGAGCUGCAUGUCAGCCUGGGUCAUCGAUCAGUACGGUUCUAACGGGGUUUUAAAAUACUCAGAAGAAGCCGCCUUACCUGUUGUCAAGUCUCCCUGUGAGGUGAUGAUCCAGGUCCAUGCAGCCAGUCUGAACCCUCUGGAUCUGGCUAUGAGAGGUGGUUAUGGUGCAAAACUGCUCAAAUUAAAAAGAGAUACAGCAUCUGUCAUGAACCAGGACAGCGAGUUUCCUCUAAUUCUGGGUCGGGACUUGUCAGGUGUGGUGGUCGACUGUGGAUCCGAGGUCUCAGAGUUUGUUCCUGGAGAUGAGGUGUGGGCUGCUGUUCCUCCAUGGAAACAAGGAAGUCUGGCAGAGUAUGUGACUCUAACGGAGUAUGAGGUUUCCCACAAGCCGCAGUCAUUGAGUCACACAGAGGCAGCAUCAAUCCCCUACGUAGCCAGCACUGCUCUGUCUGCACUCGUCUUUGCCGGUGGUCUGUGCAGGGACAGUGCUCUGAAUAAAAGAGUUUUGAUCAUCGGAGGUUCAGGAGGUGUCGGAACAUUUUCUAUUCAGUUAUUAAAAUCCUGGGGUGCCCACGUUACCGUCACCUGCUCGCACAACGCAGAGGGCCUUGUUAGGGGGCUGGGGGCCGACGAGGUGGUGGACUACACUCCAGGAGACAUCGCUCAGAGGCUAGAAAUGAUGGAGAAAUUUGAUGUCAUCUUGGACAACGUGGGUGAAGACACAGAGCAGUGGGCCAUGGACCUGCUGAAACCCUGGUCAGGGUCCAAGUACGUCACCUUGGUCACACCUUUGCUCCACAGCACUGACUCUCUGGGUCUCCUCAACGGGACGAUUAACGCUGGCUGCUUUUUGUGCACCAAGGCUGCACAGGUGAUGGUGUCAAAGGGAGUCUUCUACCGCUGGGCGUUCUACACUCCAGACGGUCCGGCUCUGGAUGAGAUCAGGAGGCUGGUGGAUGCAGGGAAGAUCCUUCCGGUGGUGGAAGCUCAGUUUCCUUUCACCCAGGUUCCUCAGGCUUUUCAGAAGAUGGAGCAGGGCCACGCCAGAGGGAAGACCGUGGUCCAGGUGGUGGAGAACGACCAGAGUGAGGUUGCACAGCAGAACAUGGGCACAGACACUGUGGAUUUAGACCUGGGAGAUCAACAGACUGCUAAACCAGCCUCAUAACAGACCAGAGUCGAAGCCACUGGGACCUGGUUCACCUGUACAAGUCUGUUUUUGUUUUCCUGACUUCUGCUUCUGGCAGAAAAAAAAAAACAAAGCGCUGCAGCUAACUGUCAGACUUUAAGCGUGCUUAGCAUGUGCUAUGAGCGUGUGUUUUCGUGUGUUGUUAAACCACACACUCUUGUGUUAAAGUUAUUAUCAAUAAGGCUCAAAAGAUGCCCCAAAACAUGUCUGUAAUUCACUCUGGCACCUAGAGGUGUCACUGUUCAUUCAGCACUCAAUCAGUUUAGAGUUUUGAUACCCUUGUGUACCACUAGGGGUACUCCAGCUCGUUACCUAGCAGGAAAUUACAGUUACAGUUACUCUGGGGUAUUUUUUGACGCAACAGUUGCGUAAAAAAUGUUAAAUACACCUGAGAAAUAAGUCAAUAUUUUUUAAUGUGGUCAGUUUGUUUAUAUAUAUCGUACCAGAAAAAGCAGUGCAGAGGACAUUGAGCAAGGUUUUUAUAUUUCAUUUCAUUAUUGGGAAAGUACAAGCAAAGGAAAAUAAAGGUUUAUUUUCAACAUUAUUACAAAAAGUACAGCUCUCAUUUUACUGUACAGUGUAUUUGCAAAUUUAUUGACACGUAAAAUACUUAAUAUUUGGUUACCAAAAUAGCCUUGUGUAUAUUUAUUGAUUAAAUGAUGGUGAAUGACUUUUCAAGGUAAACUCAUCUUUUCCUCCUCUUGCUCAGUUUCCAUCACUUACAUGGCGCAGGUGUUAACACUGUUUGAGUUACUUAACAUCGAACUUGUUUUUUGAAAGUUUAAAAAAAAAAAAACAGAUGGGA